AAAAUGGGUGCAGAGCAAUGAAGCAGCAGAACAGUAAGUCUAAAACGAUGAUGCAGCCCUAAUUGCAUCCACCUUUGGUAGCAUUGUUAAACCACAGAAAAUAUCUCUUAUCCUCUCCCCCUAUCCUAUCUUAUAUACCCCCUCCCUCUUCACUUUCCUCUUAAACCCAGAAGUUGUAGCAGCCGCCUCAUCAUCUUCUCACCUCAAAAUGUCUGUCUCCACCACUUCUUCUCUUCACUUUCUUUCACUCACCCCCAAGACCCUCUCUUUCUCUCCCUCUUGUUCAUCUUUCAAAGCCCUUUCUUUCUUCCCCAAGUCUUUUGCUGCUUCCUUAUCUUCUUGCUCUUCUUCUAAGCUCUACAGAGCUGCUCUGCCCUUGAAGGUGGCUGUUUCUUCUGACUUUGGGUUGGAUGAGGAGGAGGGUGCUGCUGCUUUGUCUUCUGAUGUAGAUGAGGAUGUUGAUGACAGGAGCUUCUCCCCUGACCUCAAGAUUUUUGUGGGGAAUUUGCCUUUUAGCUGUGACAGUGCCCUUCUUGCCGGUCUUUUUGGGCGUGCUGGGACUGUUGAAAUGGUUGAGGUUAUUUAUGACAAAAUCACUGGAAGAAGUCGGGGAUUUGCAUUUGUGACAAUGUCAACUGUUGAAGAAGUAGAAGCAGCUGUUCAACAAUUCAAUGGCUAUGAACUUGAUGGAAGACCAUUGAGGGUGAAUUCUGGACCACCACCUCCCAGAGAUGAAAACUCCUUUAGAGCACCCAGGGGUGGUGGAAGAAGUUUCGACAAUACCAACAGGCUCUAUGUUGGAAACCUUUCGUGGGAUGUUGAUAAUGUGACACUUGAAUCCUUUUUCAGUGAGCAAGGAAAGGUUUUAGAUGCAAAGGUGGUCUAUGACAGAGAAAGUGGGAGAUCGAGGGGCUUUGGAUUUGUGACUUAUGGUUCUUCGGAUGAGGUCAAUCGUGCAAUUGAUAAUUUGAAUGGAGCUGACCUUGAGGGGAGGCAAAUUCGCGUAAGUGUUGCUGAGGCUCCACCACCAAGGCGCCAAUAUUAAGUAAUAAAUCCAUCUGUGCCACACCUUCGACCAGAAAAUGCAGUUAUAGUAGGUAUUCAAUACUUUUGUGUUAUCAACUAGAGAAGAAAGGGCUACUGAAGGCGCACUUAGUUUUGUAAAAGAUGACAUGCCUAUGCGUGCAUAGUUAAUUGCUAGAGUUGUUUUCCGGCAUAUCAUCUUUUUGUAAAAGUGAUAAUAUCUCCAUUGUAGGCACAGGACAAAGCUACUGAUUUCUUUUUAUCCUAAAUAUAUGUCAAAUGAAUCUCCCAGA